UCGUAGAGGGCCGUUAAGAUUAGGUAUGGACGGAAAUUUGUGUGGGUUUGCCCUGGAUUUUCUUUUAUUAUAAAUCUGGCCUUAAAAGAUGUCUAUUUCACGCAUAAUCAACUAUCAAACAAGCGUGUGAACAUUCUGAGAGCUAUAAUAAUUUAUUUGCAUCAUCUGUGAACUAUUUAAUUCAUAUUUCCUGACGCUCACAAUGGGACGGACUAGGAGUAGAACAAGGAGUAGGUCCCCUCAUGGAGAUAGAAGGAAAGACCGAAGCAAGGACCGGGAGAGAGGCAAGGAGAGGGAUAGCAGGAGAGAAAGGGAGAAAGAUCAUCAUACUUCAAGAGGAUCAUCCCAUAGGCAGCAUUAUGUUGAUGACAGUAGACAUGGUGGUGAUCGAAAACACCAUUCUUCAGGAGAGCACAGGUCAUCUGAAAGGAGUGGGAAUGAUCAUAAAAGGAAUAGGGAUGAAGACAGAAAGCAGGAAGGUCGAAAGGAAAAGAGUCAAGAUGGUAGGGAUCAUGGAAGAGUUCAUGAGCGAAAAAGUGAGCAAGGAAAAAAUUCUUAUUCAAAGAAGGCUAGUAGAUCACGCUCUCCUAUAAGAAAUUCUAAAGAGAGAUCACGAUCAAAGUCUGGUGCUGAGGCCAGUAAAAGCUUGACUCACAACUCAAAUAAAGAACAAGAACAACGUCACAAAGAAGUUUUGUCCAGCACAAAGUUUCAUUCAAGGAGGAUGCGUGACAGUUCCAACUCAUCGGAUAGUGAAGCCAGUGAUGAUGAAAGGCCAAGUCUUCCGAAGGCAUAUGCAACGGCUUCAAAUAGCGAUUCUGAUAGAAGUGCCAUUCAAGAGGAGUCUCAUUCAGACACAGACUCUUCACAAUCUCCUGACAGUUCACCUUCAGAGAAAAUUCCAAGAGCGUAUGCAACGUAUGAAAAUGACAGUGAUACUGUAGUUGAAUUGAAGGAACAAGAAAUGGCUCGGCUGGCCAAAGGCAAGCAGUAUGUUGUUUCUUCAUCUGAUGAUGAUUCUCCCCGUGCGAGGUUACCCAAAGCAUAUGCAUCUUCUCCUGUCCUUGCCAAAAGGCAGCCUGAGCCUGACACUAAAACCAAAACUUUGAAGGACUCACGACUUGAAGAUAGACACAGCAGAGGUAAAGACUCUAAACAAAGAAGAGCAAGCCCCAACUAUAGUCACAGUGAAAGGUCUCAUCACCAGAGCAAGAGCAGGAAGAGUGAUAGGGAGGAACGUGAUAGAUUGUCUUAUAAUGAUAGAGGUAGCAAUAACUCUAAAAGUACAUCUAGUAGUAGGCAUGACAGGGAUAGGCAUUCUAGAGAUAGAGCCUCUGAACGUUGUAGGGAUGAUGGAGGCAUGAAGAAAAGUCAGAGUAGAGAACAUUCUUCAUCCCAGCACUCUGGGGAUACAAGGAGGAGAAAUGACAAUGCUCCUCAUUCUGAACCUCACAAGUCAAGAUCCUUGGAUAAGUCAUACAAGCAGAAAGAAGAUGAUAAGAGAGGUCAUUCUUCCAAGCACUCUCAUGACAGAAGUCGUAGUAAAGAUAGGAGCAGUAAGUCACAUAGGAGUCCUCACCGUGAUGAUGGUAGCAGACACCCAUCUAAAAAUGGACAGCAUUCUUCAGAUUCAAGACGUGAACCUAGAUCCACAGGACACACUUCAGAAACAUUAUCCUCUAAACACUCGAGUGAUAGAACCAAAAGUCAUAGAGAUGAAUCAAGGGGUAGCACUAAAAGCAAUGAAAGGAUUUCAAAAGAACAGAAUUCUGGUGUAAAGGAUUGUAGGUCAAAAAAGGAUUCACCUAAACAUAAAUCUGAUGCAAGAAAGUACCAAAGUCCCUCCAAAAAUGAUGAUGAAUUAGAUAGAAGAAAAGAAGAAAGAUCAGAAAAGAGAUUGGAUACAGAGAGGAAGUCUGAGAAAGAAUGCAAAGAUGGAAGCAAGAACAAACCUGGGAAUGGCAAGAAUGAAAGAGACUCUAAAAAGUCAAAAGAAAAGAAGCCAGUGAAAACCCCUAAGAAACGGAAGGCAUCAUGGAGCUCAGAUAUGUCAGAGAGUGACAUCUCAUUGCAUUCUACACCAGCAAAGAAACCAAAAGAAAAGAAGGAUAGGAUACAGACAGUGAAAACCAAGAAGACUCCAGUGAAGGAAAAGAAAAAGAAGAAGCACAAGAGAGAAAAGAAGCAAAAGGAAGUUUUGCGGAAGAAAAGCAAGGAAAAGAAAAAGAAAGACCUUGGAAAGCAGGAGGAGGGAUCAAAGAAAAGGAAAACUGAUAAAGAGGCUGCACCGCUGACAGGAAUCCAGAAGAAGUUACUUGAGAUGGCGCAAGCAGGGAAGAAAGAAGAAGAAAGUUCGUCAAGGAGAAGUAUGAUCCCGAUGACCAAAGAGCAGUAUGAAAAGGAGCAGAGCAAAGUGCGCAGGGUGUAUGAUCCAGAUACGGGAAGAAAUAGGUUGAUUCGAGGAAGUGGGGAAGUCAUUGAAGAGAUAGUUAGCAGAGAUAGACACAAAGAAAUCAACAAGGCAGCUACAAGGCACGAUGGGAUCUCAUAUUCCAAGAAAAUGGGGAUGCAUAGAUGAUCACUACCCAUCAUGCCUCACACCAUAAGGUAUUCAUCGUAAUCCCAUCUACUUGUCAAGGCUCUGUAACAUAUUAGUAGAAGCCAUCAUUUUAUACAAUUGAAUGUAAAUGUAAUCCUCUACCAAAAUCAGAGACAGUUACUAUUGAUUGUAAAUUAUAUAUAAAUUGCAUCUCUUAUGUUACUCCACCCUGAAGACACAAAUUUCUUAGUUUAAGAGACAUUUACUUGUACAAAAUGAUUGUUUGUGCUCUGAAAGUUUUUAUGUGAAACUGGAUUCUGGAGGCAUGUUGAAUCUUUUGUCCAUCCAUGUAUGUAUGCCCUGUUUCAUGUCCAUAUGAAAAAAACCAAUUAGAUUGUUCAACUGAAAGCUAUGUUCAUUUUUUAUAUGAAGACUGAAGUUACAAUCUGUUUUUAAUUGAGGGUAAUGAGGUUAAAGGCCAGUUGGCACAGCCAAUGUUUGUAUCCCAAAGAAACCUUUGCAAGUAUUUAGAUGAAAGUUUAAAGGAAACAUUUUGUUUGAAUAAUACUUCAUGAUAUGUAUUCUUUCCAGCAAGCCACUUUUUUGUAUUAUAGAAAUGUGACCUUUUUGCCAUGUAUUUUAUUUUCAUGUACCCAAAAUUCAUUAUUUGUAUUCCUUAUGUUUAACCAAUUAGGUGUCUAAAAAUCCUUAUUUUUCUUCAUAAGGGGAAUAAUAAUUAAGAGGAGGGAGAUGAAUUUGAAAAACACUGAUCAUUAAGUGUAUUCCUUUGGAAGUCAUUUGAUCCCUUUUUUCAGUUGAAUUUUAAUCAUGUCCAUUUUCAAGUGUGCCAAAUUCCAUUGUAGUAAUACGGAUUCAUUAUGUCAAUUUAUACAGACUAGAUGAUAAUCACAUCGUAGAUUAUUUUACGUCUCUCCUUUCCCCUAUAGCAGCUGUGUUUUUAUUUUUUAUGAGUAAUUGUUGGGUUAAGCCUAUAAAAAUUUGUGAUGUCAACAUAGAAAUGACACAACAAAUUGAUAAUUACUGGUUUAUAUUUUCAUUUUGCAUUCGCCUGUGUUUUUGCCAUAUUUAUAUUGUUUGCUCUUUUUAUUCCAAAGCUAGUAUUUUACAGUCUACAUUCUGUGCUGUGAAAACUAGGGCAAUUAAAAAACAAUAUUUUUGUUUUGUGCAUUUUUAUAGAAAUUAAUAUGAAAUACUUUUAUAUAAAAUACUAGAUGACCUACCCGCAUUGUGCUAUCUAGUCUUGUUCAUAGUUUUGAUAAUUUUAUUCAAAGUUCACAGUAUGAUACUGACGUGCCUUAGAAUCUUAAUCACACAUGCAGUGGUUAAUAGCAAAUUAAGCUUAGUGAUAUUUUCAAUUUUUUCAUGUCAAGAUAGUACAACAUGUUGAAGUUAGCAUUAGGUCUUUCCAUUUUAUUGUGGCCAUUUAUUUUUUCCUACAUGCCAUCCAAAUUUAUAAUGUUGCUGUGGUUUACCUCAAAAUUUGAAGAAAAA